AUAUAAUCAAUCACUGAGGGAUGACGAGAAAGGUAAAUGACGCGGAUAGGAUGCAUAACUGCCACGUAAAGAAAGAAGCCAGAUUCCAGAAACAGAGCAGGACAGAGCAGGUAUUUUUUUUUUUUUCCAGCUAAUAGUAUAGCAAGUAGCAAUGGAAGAGAUGGGUUCUUCAUCUUCAACCCCUUUGUCAAAUCACAAGAAGACCUCCUUCAUGUCUCACCUGAAGAAGAGUUGCUUAUCUUUCGCAGCUUCUGUACAGGAAAGUUUCAGAUAUGUAAAAGCCUUUUUUGUUGGUCAGGCAAAGACUAUAACUGCAAGAAAUGAGAAGGAAGCAAGUGAAGCUGAACUUGAGGCUACCAAAAUGCAGGUUGAGGCUGCUGAUGCUGCUGAAGAUAUCAAGAACAGACUCAAUAAAUCCGCGUAAAUUUUCGCUUUUCCAUCGAAACUACCGUUUUCUACAGAAUUUCUUUCUUUUUUCUUCUCCUGAUGCAUAAGGGAAAGUGUGUAACAAAAAUGUCUUUUAUUAGCUCCAAUAUGUCCUUCUGGUUUAAUUAAACAUGAUAUAUUGUUAAUUAACUUUAAGAGUGAAUUAAUCUGACUUAAUUGGAUCAUUUUAUUCUAUUUAUUU